GAAAGAGAGAAGGCAGAGAUUUAGGGAUCCUAGGAUAAUCGAGGCAAAGAAAUGUCCAGUGCGGGAAGGGGAAAUGGCACAAGCAUGGUUACAACUGCUAAAGUGCGCAAAAGAAGGUUUGGAAUCUUUCUGUAUUUUGGAUUCUAUGAUGGUAUGAUACCCACGAGAAAUAGCGACAAGGAAAACGCCGAGUAUGUCACUUUCUGUUCGGAUGUGUGAGCAUGCUGUGUAGUGAGCGACAUGUUCCCGAGGAUAUGUAUGCUACAUGAUGGUAUCCUUUGACAAACCUUCAACUCCCUUGCCCGUAUGCUGACU